AAGGAGCCUGUCGGAACUACUUUCCAUCCUCUGCAAUGGGCAUUUGUGAAUAUGUUUUUUUCUUGUAAAUGAACCAAUUUUCGCUUUUUACGCGUCGAUGGAUAACAGAUUUGUCAACAGCACGAUCACAAAAUAUUCAGUAUUACAUUUGAUAAGUUACGUGUUGAGUGAGAGGUUGUAGGGAUCCCAGUGUUUCUACUAACGUUUCAAUCAAUAAUACCUUCUUUAAAUCGAACAUAAGGGAGUAAAACAAGAAAACAGCCAUAAGAAAAAUCCAACUGUUUCUGGUAAAAUCUAGAAGGUCAUGGUGGUUGUCCAAUGGAAAAGUACUUGAUUUUAGGUGUAGUAACAAUUUGUAAUAACCAGAGGGCGCAAGUGUCUCCAGUAGGCUGCGUGCUUCAAAUAUUCUUACGUCCCGACUGUAUAGUGCGGGGCGUUGGGUGCAGGGUGUUAGGUGCGGGUGCGUCCCUGACAUGCCCGAUCAUUCCAGUCCCUCCUGCUGUUUAGGUUACUUGUAAGCAAAGGCAUAACUACUUCUAACAGAGACGUGUUCUAACAGAGACGUGUAUGGGCAUCUCUAUCAUUACGUAACUUUGAAGAACAGGCUAAGGGCAGGCUCAGAACUGAACCAAAUGAUUUAUUGAUAACUUUCAGGAACUGAUGUAGCACCAAAUUCUGGGCUCUGGAUACAAAGCACCUUUGUGGGCCCAACACUAUGUUGUCUAAUAAAAACACACAUUACAGACUUUAUGAAGACCCCUCGUUGCACUGUGCUCUGAGUACUUGCACCCUCCAUGAAGAAUGUUCCAAACUGUGGUUUCUACUUCCAUUGAUCAUAUAUUGGGUCAGGGGUGAAUUGCUGACAUUUGUGGGUUAUAUGUGCAUCACAAAUUGGGAAUGUGUUUUUGAUUAUAUUGUGUUGAUGAUGCUCCAACAGAUGACAGGCCAUUUUAGACACAUAAGGACGCAGCAUUGGGUGUAUGGAAGAACUUAAUUUUGGUAUGGAUCUGCUGCAGGGUGUUUGUUCGAUUGCCUCCUGUGUUGUGAGGACAAAGGUCUCUUGCUUCCUCGGUUCAGUGAGCAAUUAGUUACAUCCGUUGUGAUAAAAGCCAGGCACGGUCAGGACUUUGCAGUUUUCCAAAGAAGGCCACUACAAUGACAGACACGGGGUAGAGUCACAUUUAUAACAUGUUCAAGGUGUUAUACAAAAAAAUAUUUUAAGAGAACAACAUUGCCUGCUUAUGCACUGGAGCUCUAGCUAAUGGAGAAAUAUUUUAAGCCUGUUUAUUGUCCUUCUGAACUAGACAAGAGCAAGCAACAUCAGAGCCACCACCAUCAGGAGACACGGGGAGACAGAUACCUCACUUGUGGUUACACUGGUAUAAAUGACAGUUUUGGGCAGUGCUAUGAACAGCACUAUCAAAACAGCAUUGCUCAUUCAGGUCCCCACUGUGAAGAUGAGUUUGUGUAUGAUCAGUCCUGUACCCAAGUAACUUUGUCAAGGGCAUCUUCUUCCUCUCUCUCCUCUUCCUCUUCAUCAUCAUCCUCCACUUCCUGGUACACAGAAACAAGUGUAACUGACACUUUUACACGUCAUCAUGGAGAGCGACCACAACAUUCCCUCUCCUGUUCCAAUAUUCAUGAUGCUCGCAGAUUUUACCAGCUAGACAACACGACUGAUCCCAUUGUAUUUGCCACCAUAAAUCAUGGAAGCAAUGGGAGUAUGUGUAGUGAAGUGCAUAGAGCUAAGGGAAAGCCGAUAUUUGCUCCUCUUGACCGUGGCCAUAGUCAAAGUGAUGAUGGAUUUCUGCAGCAGGAUGAAAGAAAAAUAGCAAAGAGCAAUUUAAACCGUAGCCUGGGUUUUAGUGAAGAAGACAUUAUGUUGGGGGUCUCCCAAGGCCCAAAGAGAACAAUAUCUUCCAGCCAACUCCCUAGCAAAGGCAUUUUGAAAAACAAGGAGCAGCCCACAGACAUCCGUAAGGCUAAAUCAAUGGAGGUUCUAUCCCCAAGAGUUGCUAAGGAACAAAGUGUAUCAGGACAUAAAGCGAAAGAUCUUGACAUAGAACAGGCAAAAGAAAUGUUUGUUCAAGAAAAACUUAAAUUUUCUGCCUUUUUGGAUGAGAUUACCAAACAGGUUAUUAGUCCAUCUGAUCUGCAAAUCUUGGGUUUGAAUGCCAACCAAGCUACAAACCUGGUCACUAUGAAUGAAACAUCUGAUGUCUCAAAGCCCCAGCUUCCACCAAAGAAAAACAGAGAUAGCUCUAUAGAGGUGAAUGAACAGAUACAUACAAGUAAACAUGUAAAAGCAGCUGCCAACAGCAGUCGGACAUAUUCUGACUCUGGCCAAUCUGACAAAUUUAGCCCUUACACUAAAAUGAACCACAUCGGCAGCCCUCCUCCCCAAAGCAGUCAUCACCAAAGCAGCCGUAAGAACAGAAGGCCCCCCUCUUCUGAAACUCUAGAAUACGGGCAAUCUACUUUUCUCCAAACUGAUGGAACCAGCACCAGUCCUGAGCUCUGUCAGACAAGACAUCGACAUAAACCACAACCUGCUCCCCAAAACUUUCUCUCUCAUGAACAGCAUAGAGCCUCAACCACAGGCCUGGGCUCAGAAUCCUCAUCCACCAAAUCAGACUCAUCCCGGACCAGAGAUACCGUUUCCACAGCAACUAGCUCUGAACAAAGUGGCUGUUACCAUUCACCACAUGCAGCUCUUUCUGAACGUCGAAGUACCCGAUGUGAAGCUGACCAUCUUCAGGCACUACAGGAGGAGAACGCAGACCUUCAGCAAAACCUGCUGCAAACUGUUGUGUGCAUAGAGAAUCUGGAGACUGAACUGCAGAACACCAGGGAUGAACUCGUCCAUGUUAAAGAGAAAUAUAAAAGUCUCCUUGAGUCUCACAGUGGGACACAACAAGCCAAUCACCUCCUCCAAGACCAUUUGCAGGCUGAGGCAGAGACUCUGAGCAAUGAAAGGCAGCACAUGUUUACUCGCGUGGCCCAGCUGACUUCAGAGCUAGAGGAGGCACACAAGACCAUAGCGGCCCUGGAGAACAUUAAUGUGCCACAUUUGAUAAAGAACUUAUUGGAAAAGCACCUUUUCUGUUCUGCUGGGACCAAACAACAGUUAACAUCAACAGCCACUUCAUUCAGCCAUUUGGAUUCUUCUCCCCCUAAACUAGAUGGAGCCUCACGUGAUUGGUUGCCGAAAUCAGCACAACAACAGCGACCCACUGCCUUCAGUCUGAUCACACAUGGACUGACAACAACAGAAAACCAAUGUUGUAUUCCAGGCUCACUCACCCCUUGCCCCUCAGAAUUCUGUACAGCUGAUGUCAGUGCUUUCUAUAACAAAAUGCCUACUGGCCUAGCUACGGGAUCACAACCGGUCUGUGCACAAGCACUGCUGGGCAGAACCACAGCUGACACACCACUACCAACUGUCCAACAAGCCUGUGCGGGAGGUGACAACUGCACUGCGCAUGAAGGGGUGAAGGUUGUGCAAGCAGAGCCCGCAGUUGUGACGGCCAUGUCAGCCCAGCAGAUUCUCAAUGAUUUUAUGCAGCAGCUGUGGGCCCAAAAGGAGGCAGACAGAGAAACACAGCAAGGCGAGUGACAAGGAGCAAAAGCAAAGUCAAAAGUAAUGAUUGUGUGUGUAUAUAAUUUCAGUGGUUCCUGACCUCUAAAUUUGUUGAUUAACCCCUCACCCACAUGGUCUAUUGUAAACAGCCUUUAGUCAAAAAUGUCCUUCAUUUAAAGUUUAGAGAAGUAACAAACUUAUAUAACACUUCAGCUUUGUUUUAACAUAUUUAAUAAAUAUUUCUAAGUAGCAUUUUAAAUAAGUAGAAUACAUAUAUUUAUUACAACAUUCUUAAAAGAUGAACUGAUGUAACGUCUAUCCAUACUAUUUUUUUCUUCCAAGCCUGAAUAAAUAGGAGCUUGUUUCAGAGAUUAACAGGGGCCCUUUUACAUAGAUGGGCCUAAUAUGCAGUGAGGCAAGGAGCAGCUGAAACUGUGUAAAAUACUCAAUAAUAUUUUAAUAGUGUUAUUAUCUUAACGUCUUAAUUAUCUUAACGUUGUAGUUAGUAUAACUCAAACUACUUACUGAAUAUUAUUAAUCUUAUGUCUUAAUUGAUGUUCAGUGAGUGCUGGUAGAAAUUAGCAAAUUUGCUAUAACCUAGCACAAGCAUUUUCUCUUUUGAUUUAGUCAAAGAAGAUUAGGUUUUUAUGUAACUGUCCCUUAUAAGUAAAUCAGUUCAAAUUAAUUCCAAAUCAUGUAAAUGUUGUGGCCCUUUAUUAUCGACAUAUGUAAACAUGUACGUAAAAAUGUGUAAUGAAACUUACUUUAUUUGAGGCUAUAUGAAAUCAUAUAUAUUUUAAGGGUAUUUUGAUUUUGCUAUAUGUCAUAACUAAUUCUGU